AUGAACAAAAUCACCGAUGUUAAAUUAAAUGGGUCUAAUUUCCUCGGAUGGAGUAAAACUAUUAUUGUCCACCUCCAUAGUAUUGACAAGGACGAUCAGUUGGAUUCGUGUCCUCCCACAGGCGAUGUCAAAGAUGAUACUAAUCGGGCGUGGUUACGUGAUGAUGCAAAAUUGCUCUUUCAAAUUCGAAAUUCCAUUGAGCCUGAUAUACUUUCUUUGGUCAAUCAUUGUGAAUUUGUCAAAGAAUUGAUGGAUUAUCUAACAUUCUUAUACUCUGGACGUACCAAUAUCUCUCGUGUCUAUUCAGUUUGCAAAUCGUUUCAUAGAGGAGAGCAACAUGAUAAAAACGCUACGACAUAUGUCAUGGAGUUUAACAAGGUUUAUGAGGAACUAAACUCUCUCAUCUUGUUAAGCAAUGAUGUCAAAGCAAUGCAGAAACAACGGGAACAAAUUGCUGUUAUGAGCUUCCUCACUGGGUUACGUCCAGAAUUUGAUGCUUUGAAGAAUCAGCUUCUCUCCGAAUCGGCCAUUCCUUCUCUCCAAGAGACAUUUUCCCGAUUCCUUCGGACUGAGGAAAUGCAGUCUCCAACUAUCGGCACUCAUAUCUCUCAACAUAGUGCCAUGGUCAGUCGUGGAGCCUCCCAAUGUGUUUCUCGUGGCGGAUCUCGACGAGGAUCUCGAGGGGGUUCUCGGGGUGGUACUCGGGGAGGGUCAAAUCGUGGCUCUCGCAAUCCCAAAUCCGACCAAGUGGAAUGUUAUUAUUGUCAUGAACUUGGGCACACAAAGUAUUCAUGUCCUCUGUUGGAGAAGAAGAAUCAGAAGGGCCCCUCUGCUCAUGUUGUUUCAUCUUCUGACAUGGUCACUAUCUCUGCUGAGGAGUAUUCUCGACUUACUGCAACAGAGAAGCCUUCUUCAUCUGCUGCCGUCUUUGCUGACACAGGUAAUUCCGCUACAUGCCUCAUAUCUAAAGGCACUAGAUGGGUCAUUGACUCAGGUGCAUCAGAUCAUAUGAUAGGUAACCCAAAUCUUUUUUCCACCCUUGACCCUCAUACACCUUCUUCUCAUGUCACUAUCGCUGACUGGUCUACUACUCGUGUCCUUGGUUCUGGUUCAGUCAGUCUUACUCCUUCUAUCUCGUUACAAUCCGUCCUAAAUUUACCAAACUUUGCUUUUAACCUACUCUCUGUUAGCAAACUUACUAAAUCAUUGUACUAUAGCGUCUCAUUCUUUCCGAACCAUUUUAUUGUGCAGGAUCUUUCAACGAAGCAGAUCCUUGGUGAAGGACGUGAAUCUGAUGGCCUCUACAUUUUUGAAACACCGACGUCUAAGUCACUUGUUUGCACCCCCUCCUCCUCCGCACUAGAUAUGCAUUGUCGUCUUGGCCAUCCUUCCCUCCACAGUUUAAAAAAAAUUGGAUCCUCAGUUUUCAAGGUUGUCAUCCUUAUUUUGUGA